AUGAGCCACAGGACGGCAUCCACCUUCAGAGCGGAGAGAAGUUUCCACUCCUCUUCCUCCUCCUCUUCCUCCUCGGCCUCCCGCGCCCUUCCUGCCCAAGACCCACCCAUGGAGAAGGCCCUGAGCAUGUUUUCUGAGGAUUUUGGCAGCUUCAUGCGGCCCCACUCCGAGCCCCUGGCCUUCCCAGCCCGUCCUGGGGGCCCAGGCAAGAUCAAGACCCUUGGAGACGCCUAUGAGUUUGCAGUCGAUGUGAGCGACUUCUCACCGGAAGACAUCAUCGUCACCACCUCCAACAACCACAUUGAAGUGCGAGCUGAGAAGCUGGCGGCUGACGGCACCGUCAUGAACACCUUUGCCCACAAGUGCCAGUUGCCUGAGGAUGUGGACCCCACAUCGGUGACCUCGGCCCUCAGGGAGGAUGGCAGCCUGACCAUCCGAGCACGGCGCCACCCUCACACAGAGCAUGUCCAGCAGACCUUCCGGACAGAGAUCAAAAUCUGA